GCCAUUAUACUCAUUAGCAUUACAAUUAUAUUAAAUUGGUGUACUUAACAUUUUACCGGCUUUUGGUUACCUGUUCAAAUAAUUAAUAAUGUCUUUGCAGGGUGCUGUUCUUGUUAUUGUAGUGGUGUGUGCGUUGUCACCCUUGACCUCGGCCUACUGGGGGGACGCUACGUGGUACAAUACCGGCUUGGGCGCGUGUGGCUGGUGGAACAACAAUGGUGAACUGGUGGCCGCGGUCAGUCACGUGGAAUAUGGAUGGCAGGCCAAUCCGAACACCGCGCCGGUCUGCGGCAAAUGCGCCAAUGUCCGCGCCGACUCCAACGGCAAUCAAGUCAAGGUCAAGAUUGUGGACAAGUGUAUGGGCUGUAACAGUGGAUCUAUUGAUUUGUCGCCUGCUGCCUUCGGACGACUGGCUAGUUUAGAUGCUGGACGUAUUAAAGUGUCAUGGGAUUAUGUGUGGUGUUAAGGAAAGAAUUAACCGUACAUACCAUACCAACAAGCUUAUCGAGGUGGUGUGAGGGAUAUUGUAUGUCCGGUGUACAUAAAAUAAUAAUAACCUGAUGAAUGAAUUCUUGUACUGAUUCUGUUAUUUACUGCAUUGUGAUGAUUUAUGAGAAAUUUUAAAAAAAUUCUAGUCACCUUGAUAACGCAAAUAAUGGGUUAUAAAAACUUGUAUACUGGAGUGGCCUUUAUGUUGUUUUGUGACUAUGUAUGGAAGCACACUAGAAAAAUGUUCUUGCUUUUUGCGGACACUGUGGGACCGAAGCGUUGCAGCACUUCUUGAUUAAAGCAGGUUUUUGCUGA